GCUCCCACCCCAGCUCAAGAAGAGGGCCCAUGGCCUGGGAGGCCACAUGCCUGCUGCCGCCUGUCCUGCUGGUGCUCCUGGCCUCAGGCUCAUGGGGACAGAAGCCAGAGAUGCUGCAUCUCCUGGAAGGGGAGUCCUUCUCUGUGAAGUGCCUGUACCCGCCCCAGAAAGGCUCAGAAGCCGUGAAAUUCUGGUGCAGGUGGGACUUACCACGUACCUGUACCCUGUUAGCCACCUCACCCCAACUCUGGGGGAAGCCUCAAAACUCCAUUGAGGAUAAAGUCGGACGGGGCUACUUCAUCGUCACCAUGACCGAGCUCAGGGUAGAAGACUCUGGAUCUUAUUCAUGUGGAAUCUACAAAUCCUCCAGGAAAUUUUUUCAGAGAAACAUCCAUCUGGUGGUAUCUCGGGGGCUUGAAUGGCAUCUUCUCAGACCAGCUGCCAAGCCUGCUCAGCCAUCUGGUGAGCUGGGCACCCAGAGGACCCUGGUCAGCUGCUUGGUCAAUCACCAACCACCCAAGCCAUGGCUCACUGUCCACUCCAUGAGCACCAGUGGGACCACAGCUUGGACUUCUGCCACCAGCCCUGUCACUGACAGCCCUCAGGGCAACUGGCAGCUCAUCGUUCCCAGCUCUACGUUGGGUGUCCUGCUGGUGCUGGUGCUCAUCCUCCUUAUGAUCCUGUUCUUCAGGAAAGCCCGCAGAAGCGCCGCAAAAGGUGAGGACAAAUCCCACCACAUCUAUAACAACAUCUCAGUCCAGAAGGAACCGAGCACUGGGCAUAGGAAGGAACUCUCACCAAGGCAGAGGCGAUCUCAGCUUUCCUGGGGCUCGGAUCAACAGAAGGGCUCUGAUGAGGACACUGGGGCCAUCUGCUAUGCCUCACUUAUCCACCUGAAUCAAUUUGGCCCUGAGGACUCCAUCUACGUCAAUACUCAGCCCAAACUGAAACCCACGCCUGAUCCCUUUCUGACUGUAGAAUAUGCCUGCAUCCCUGGAACCAGACCCCAGCCCACCAAGUCAACUGCCCCAGAUAGGGAGCUCAAGAGCUAAGGACAGACUUCACUGAGCAGUGAGCACUUAGCAAGUACUUGUGAGGCAUAGGGCUGCUCUACCAGUGAUGGGUGGGGGGAGGACUUCAGCAUGGCAAAGAUGGUCCCAAACCAGCAAAAGAUCAUCGCUUCCUACAAGGGCAAUUAGGAGGAAGGAGGAAAGGAAAGUCAUUAUCAUUCAGAGGGGAGAAGCUUUGAGUGUGAAGGCUGUGAUGGGAAGGCUCUGGGGCCUAUAGAAGGGGUCUCUAGACACCUGCCUGCUCCCCUCCCCAGGGUCUGGGAGGAAGGAUACUGAAGUAGAGUCCAGUUAAAUAGGAUCUGGACACCAGUGCUCCAAGUAACCCAAUCUUCUCCACACUCUGUGACCCUCACUUCCUUCCUGACCAGGGCCUAUGAAAUCCUGACAUGCUGUGCAAGUUCCUCUUUGGUGACCUCCUCAGGACAGCCCCUGCCCAGCUCUUUCUGAGGGCCACUAAGUUCUAUCUCUCCAUCCCAGCUCCUCCUCUCCUUCCUGACCUUCCGAUUUUGAUUCUCACAAAUGACCCUGACAGGACGGGCAGUGCCUGCUGCUCAGCGGUCUUCCUUAACCCUUGGCCUUGCCAUUCAAGGUGGGGCUUGGGAAUUUCCUUCCCUGUCGUGGCCCCUGCAGCUCCACCAGAACUGAUCUGUGUUCCUCUGCCUUCCACAGAAGCUAUCAUGUAUUCUACAAGCUGCACAUCAAGGACAGCAGGCUGAGGGUUACCUCCUGUUUUGCCCUAGUGCCCUUGCACAGGGCUAUUAUGGGAACAGAGCUCCCUUCUUUGUUAGGCACUCCCAAGGAGUGACUCUGAACUGUGGGAACUCCAGGCCAUGGGGGCAGAGGGUGGGGUCCUACCACGUCAUGGAAAAGAUUGCUUGACUGCUGAUACAUCACUUCUCAAGGAUAACAUUUAAAGAUCAUCGAAUCUAACUGCCAGUGAGUCCAACUGCAAAAUCCCAGUGAGUCAUGCAGUGUCUGCCUCAAUCUCUCCAAGGACAGGGAAUUUACCACCUCUUGCUCAAGCAGCUUGUUUGUCAAUGUUUUCAGCUUGCCCUCAAUUACAGUGAAAGGUCAGCCUGUCUACAGGAUGGGACCUGAGGGUCAGGCUGCUUUAUGGCCAGAAAGGUAGAGGGGUUGGAGAGGUGAAGAGUGGGGGGCAGUCUGAGGUUUGGCAGGCUGGGUGCAAGGGAAAGGUCUUCCUCAGGGAGGAAGGCAAGCUAAGCACUUGUCACUUGGGACAUCCCAGGCUCCCUGUGCCGAGGAUGUGGUUCUAUCCGCAGUCUGUGGUUGCAUGAGGACACUCAGGAACAACCCCAAGUUGAAGGAGGUGGAGAGCAGGAUGCUCUGAGCAUCACUUUAGCCCUCCAGGUCUCUGCUCUGCCCUUCCAGCUCCCUAUAUCUGACUCCUAGAGAAUGGGCAACUACUGCACCCUGACCUCCCA